AUGGAUGCGAAGCGAGAAGAAAAACAAUGCAGGUUUAACAGCACAGAAUGGGACACCUGCAGAGAAGUUCCAAUCAUUCAAGAAGAAAGUCACAAAAAACGACAUCAGUUUUUCAAACACUUAUGUCAUUUAACUGUUGGAGUCCUUGUGUUUUCUCUUGCAGUACUGAGCAAGUCAUCAUUUUUAGUUUUGGUGACCCUCAAUAGUAACGUCACUACGAGUGUCCCUGUUGAAUACAAAGCAACUGUUUCACUGAGUAUCGGCUGUGUGUUGGUCGCACCAAAUAUUCUUCUUCUCAUGAAGAGCCUGUGGAAGUUCAUCUUUAAAAAUGUAACAAAGCCAUCCUGGAAAACAAUUUUGUGUGUGGUGUUUGUUCAGAGUUUUGUGUCACUUGGGGAGGCACUUCUCACAGUGAUGGCCAUGCCAUAUUUUGACAUUGUCACUAAUGUCAUGAUUUUGAAUAGUGUAAGCAUUAUGUCAGCCGUGUUUCAGAUGUUUGCGCGUUUUUAUGCUAAAGAAAUGAAAUACGUUGUAGCAGCAAUCUUCUCCAUCGUCUUCACUGUUCUUGGCUACAUCUUCUUCAUUGUGAGCUACCGGACAAUGGUUGGACCUCUUAGCAUGGCCAUUGUAGGAACCAUCUUAGUUUCAGUAAACUGGUGGGAAAACUACAAAACUCUUUUUAAAUGUAUGGAGAAGUUUUUUGAAGAAAAAGACAGUUCUCAGAAUGUGCUCAGCAUUCUGUCCAGUCUGGUGAAAGUUCUAGUAACAGCAGUUGUGGUUGGAAUUAGUGUCCCUUUUUGGCAUGAACAAGAGUGGAUCAAAUUAACAUCGAUUCCUAAAAACAUACAAAUAGCAGUCUUUGGCUUAAUGGCCAUCCAAAUCGCCUCAUCCAUAAUGUGUCGCUGGCUUGCAGUGGUAGCUUGUAAGAUGCAUGCCCUGCGGUGUUGUUUUGUUAUGCCCAUGUACCUGACCUCUGUGUCUAGUUUAGUUCUGUGUCUCGUAUUAAUGAAGACCUUUCCUACAAACAGCAGCACUAGUAUAGCUCAUUCAUUAUUGGCUGAUGUUACAAACACUUGGGCUACUUUGUCAAAGAAAAAAAUGGAAACCCUUGUGAUUAUUGGCAUAUGUGCCCUAAGCUGGUGGCUGGGGCUCAUACUGAGCACAUUUUACACCUGGUUUCGGAAGAUUAAACGCAUUGAGAGGACUCAAGAUCUUUUUCUGGGACAAAUGUAUGAGGGAGCUUUUCUGGAACAGUCCUUGUUGCUCAACACCCGUUUUGAGACCAACGAAAAAAAUGAGGAGAACAGAACAAAAAAACCUGUGACCGUCUACCUUUGUGCAACAAUGUGGCAUGAGACAGAUGACGAAAUGAUGAAAAUAAUUAUCUCUAUGUUCAGGCUUGACAAAUUCCGGCCUAAAGAAAACUUCCACAAAGAUGCCUCCUUUGAGUGCCAUAUCUUCUUUGAUGAUGCCUUCGAGGAUGUGAAUGGUGGCGAAGGGCGGCAUUUAAACGAAUAUGCUAAGUCUCUAGUGAAAGUCAUCAAAGAAGUAAAAACCUUUUUUAUCACAGACAACCCUUCUUCAUGGAAUAAUGAGACCACUGACCCUGGGCAGGCCAUUAUCAGCACACCUUAUGGAGGACGUCUGGUAUGCAAACUUCCUAAUGGCAAUUUAUUAAUGGUUCACUAUAAGGACAAACAGCUGAUUCGUCACAAAAAGAGAUGGUCACAGAUCAUGUACAUGUAUUACCUUCUUAACUGGAGACUCAACAGCAAGUACCCAAAGGGGGAGGAGCAAGAGAAACAGCUGAAGGUAACGACUGCGCAGGCAGAGAACACAUACAUCUUGGCACUGGAUGGAGAUACAGAUUUCUUGCCCUCUGCUGUCAUGCUACUGAUUGAUAGACUAAGGCUGUAUCCAGGAGUGGGUGCCGCCUGUGGCCGGAUUCACCCCACAGGCACUGGACCCAUGGUGUGGUAUCAGAAGUUUGAGUAUGCAGUGGGCCACUGGCUGCAGAAGACAGCAGAGCACGUGUUUGGAUGUGUGCUUUGUAGCCCGGGCUGCUUCAGUCUAUUCAGAGGUUCUGCCCUCAUGGACAACAAUGUCAUGAGGACAUACACCAAGAAAGCAACAGAAGCAAGCCACCAUGUACAGUACGAUCAAGGGGAGGACCGCUGGCUCUGCACACUCUUACUGCAGCAGGGAUAUAGGGUGGAGUAUAAUGCUGCCUCGGAUGCCUACACCAACGCGCCACAGGACUUUAAAGAGUUUUACAACCAGCGACGGCGCUGGGGGCCAUCUACCAUGGCCAACACUAUUGAUUUGCUCAGCUCGGGUAAUCUGACCUCUGAGAGGAAUGGGUCUAUCUCUAAACCCUACAUCAUUUACCAAGUCAUCAGCAUGGGCACAUCCAUUUUGGGACCUGCCACCAUCUGUCUAAUGAUUGCAGGAAGCUUUACAUUUUUAUUUCAAAUUAAAGCAAAUUUGGCUCUUAUCUUAGCCAUAGUGCCACCUGCAAUAUACCUGGCACUGUGCUUCAAGCUGAAAGCUGACACGCAACUUCAGAUAGCAGCAGUCAUGAGCAUAUUUUACGCAUUUAUUAUGACUGGAACUAUUCUUUGCAUCAUAGGUGAAAUGGUAAAGAAUGGGACAUUUGUCACCCCCAGUGGUCUGUUCUUGAUCAGCAUGGUUGCAAUGUACCUCAUCACAGCAAUUCUUCACCCCCAGGAGUUCCCCCUAAUCAUCUAUGGGGUGCUUUACUGCCUCUGUAUCCCCAGUGGUUAUCUCCUGCUGACUAUUUACUCAAUCGUCAACAUGAACAACGUCUCAUGGGGAACCCGAGAAACUGGAGGCAAAGCAAAGACUGUAACAGUGAACACAAUCAGGAGGCAGCUCAUACAAGCUGUAUGUGGCAAGUGCCCGUUUUUGAAAAACACUUUGAGUGAAACUGAACCACCGGUGGAAUCUCUAGUAUCAAAGCAGCAAGAUCCUGAAGUCAUGGAGUCACAAGAGACUGAUAGGUCAGAUGUAUAUCUUUCAACAGAAACACCUAAAAGCUGGAUUGAAGACCUGCAAAUACAACAUUCGGACUUGCCACUAAUAAAUGAAACACUAUCAAAGACUGAAAUCGAUUUCUGGAAAGACUUGCUGAGAAAAUAUUUAGAACCUAUCAAAGAAAAUAAGGAACAACAGGAACAAGUUGUGAAAGAGCUGAAAGAACUUAGGAAUAAGGUGUCGUUUGUCUUCUUCAUCUUCAACACUCUGUGGUUGGUGGCCACGUUUUUCCUCCAGGCCAUUGGCAACAACAUCACCCUGCCUAUUCCAAAAGUCAAUCCAGACUUUACUAUUUCCAAUGAAAAACUUCAAGUUGAUCCAAUAUCACUGAUGUUUCUCCUCAGCUUUGCUUUACUGAUUUUUGUGCAAUUCUUUGCGAUGCUUUACCACAGGAUCUACACAUUAAUUCAUUUUGUGGCCUACAUGGACACAGAGAUAAAAGCUGGUCAAAAACAGCAGACGGAGACGAGUAAUGAAACAGCUGCUGAAUCUGCAUAGACGUCUGCUGCAAAUGAAAAUCAUCUCAAGUCUGAUUCAUGAAACCUUCCCAUGGUUUUAUCCAGUAU